UUCAUUCUCCAAAAAUCAAGAGCAGAGAUGGGAAACACAUCCUCAAUCCCCAGUGGUCCUCCUCUGAAGAUUGUGAUGAUUGGGAAAACUGGUGUUGGGAAGAGUGCCGUUGGUAACACCAUCUUGGGUAAAAAAAAAAAAAAAUUUAAGUCUAAUGCGAGUCCAGAGUCGGUGACGGAGACCUGUGAGAUAGAAAGAGUUAAAUGUUCCAGAAAGAUCCAUGUGGUCGACACUCCUGGAAUUCUGGAUACGUCUACAAGUGCAGAACACAUAAAGAAAGAGAUCGCAAAAUGCAUCCACAUGUCCUCUCCAGGCCCUCACGUCUUCCUGCUGGUCCUUCAAAUCGGCAGGUUCACCAAAGAAGAAGAAAACUGUGUUCAGGCCUUGGAGAAGAUGUUCGGACCGAAGGCAUCGAACUACAUGAUCGUCUUGUUCACUCAUGGUGACAAGCUGAGUCAGCAGGGCACAACCAUACGUGAAUAUCUGCGAACCGGCCAUGUGAAGCUCACAGAGCUGCUGAACAGGUGUGGCAACAGGUAUCACGUCUUCAACAACAAGAAGAAAAGCAGAACUCAAGUGGUCAAGCUGAUCCAGAAGAUUGAUGACAUGGUGGCAGCAAACGGAGGAUCGCACUACAGCGAUGAAAUGUUUGAAGAGGCCCAGAAGAUUCUGCAGCAGAGUGAAGACAAAGACACAGCAGAUCCACUGUUUCAGAACCCAGCCUUCAUGGCUGAGCUGCAGGAGAGAGCAGUCCUGUUUCAAUCCACACUGGCUGAUGUCUCAAUGGAUGAAGAUGAAAGAACCCAUGAUCUUUCAUGACCUUCAUGACUCCAUGAUGUGGCCACAGUGGGUUUAGACACAAACCUCAUUGUCAUUUGUCAAUCAAUAAGAUGUAUAUUACAAUAAUUAUUAAAUAAUUUAUGUUGUAUAUAGUCUAUACACACAAUCAUUUUGAUAUUUUGGGGGAUAAAGAGUUAAAGCAUUAAAGACUCUGUUGUUGUAAUGAACUCUCAUACUGCCUCUUAGUGGACCAACAAAAGUAUUGCUUUGGUUUUUUUUUUUUUUUAACUUUUGGUGUCAAUGCUUAAUAACACAUUAAAUUAUCAUAGCAUGAAGAACAGAGUGUGUGUGGAUGUCACCCUGAAUCUUGCUUUUCAACCCUAUUUUUACAG